AUGAAACAGUAUUCGGUAAGUCACAUGCUUUCAGAGAGACAUGACAAUAACUCAAUAUACCACUGGCUUAUAGAGUGGAUUCGGGAUGGAGCGCCUUGUCCAAAACAAGUUGUAACUGAUAUGUCUUUAGCACUGAUGACGGCUGUAGUGAGGGCGUUUACACAAUACAAUAAUUUGAAGAGUUAUAUGUGUGCAUGUUUCAAAUUAUUAAUGAACACUGAAGUAGAUUUGCCAACAUGUUUGAUUAGAUGUGAUGUUGCUCAUGUAAUAAAACUUGUGACAACUUGGAAGCCUCUUCAGUUAGUUGACAAACGAGUGAAAGACUUUCUAAUCCGCUCCAUAGCACAAAUGGUACUAUCGGACGAUUUAGAUGAUAUGAAACAACUUUUAGAAAGUUUCUUUUGUCUGAUUUACAGUAAGACUGAUGGUCGUUUAGAAAAUGGGUUUGCAACAGCUAGUGAAAAUGGACGACAAUUUCUUCGGCGUAGAAUUGCCACAAUAAUAGCUGAACAAUAUUUUAUUGAUAUUAAUGAAGAAAGUGUAAACGAGCAACAUUUUGAAGAUCUUACUACACUUACUGACGUAGAUAAUCCAUUUCACGAAAUGACACAAAAAAUCUCCAUUCAAUGUCAAAAUCAAGUGGAUCAGGAAGUUGGAGAUCAUGAUAAUAUGUAUUUUUUACCAGCUGUUGCACCACUGGUAAUUAAUUUAUGUACAUAUAUUCCUUUGUGGUCUGGUGUUAUGUUUUCAUCAUUUAAAUAUGGUGAUAUCCCUCCAUCAAGUGCACCGAUUGAAAGCCAAUUCAAUGAUUUGAAAAACAGGGUCCUGAAACAUGUGAACAACAUGCCAAUGCGUAUUGACGAUUUUGUAAAAGUACAUAUCCAAUCACUUGACGGUACAAUGAAGCUAACAAAUGCAAGCAUGAAUACACAACUAUGCCAAAACCAUUCACCAUUAACUCACAAUAAAAAAGUACAAGAAAAAUCUCAAAAAACACUCCUAACAUCAAAACAGAGUGAAAUAGUACACCCAGAUAUCAAUUCUUCACAGAAUACAACCCAAGUUAACACAUAUUACGAGGAUGACAAUUUUACAGCAACAAGCAUUACAACAUCUAACCAGGACGAUAUGUAUAUUCAAGAACCCGCAAAAAUCAUUAAUAACGAACCUAAAAAUAAUAAAGCUUCAUUAUACGAUACACCAAACGUAGAAAAUGACGCAGACAUACUCAGAAUAAACGACGACUUAAGUAACCUUGAUGAUAUUUUAAAUUCAAAUGGACCAUUAUUAAAUAAUAUUAACAAAACUACAGACAAAUCGGAUAAGUCAACUGUUAUUAUUAUUCAUGACUUACACGCAAUUCCUUUGAUAGAGAAUGAAGAUGUCGGCGAAGAAAAUUGGGGAAAUAUUUUAAUGAAUCCUAAGAAAAAAAAAACCUAUUUAUUUAACACCAAAUCGUGA